CGUCGGAGUAGGCUCGCGUCCGAGCUGCUGACGGGCCGACCGACCGACCAUGGCGCCAGGCGGGACUCGCGGGCCGACGCCGCGCUGGGCACUGCCCCUCGCCGGCGCCGCGCUGGUCCUGCUGCUCAUCCCGGCGGCCGCCGCACAGGAGCCGCUCGGAGCCGGUUGUUCUCAGUACACAAACAGAUCCUGUGAGGAGUGCCUGAAGAAUGUCUCUUGUCUGUGGUGCAACGCUAAUAACGCCUGCUUGGAAUACCCCGUCAGAAAAAUACUGCCCCCUGCCUCUCUCUGCAAGCUGAGCUCUGCACGCUGGGGCGUUUGCUGGGUGAACUUCCAGGCGUUGAUCGUCGCCAUGUCAGUGUUGGGGGGCAUCAUCCUCCUGGGCAUCACUGUUUGCUGCUGCUGCUGCUGCCGCCGGCGGAAGAGGAGUCAGAAACCAGAUAAGGACGACGAGCGCGCCAUGAGAGAGCAGGAAGAAAGGAGGGUCCGGCAGGAGGAGAGGAGAGCUGAGAUGAAGUCAAGACAUGACGAAAUCAGAAAAAAAUAUGGUUUGUUUAAAGAACAAAACCCAUAUGAGAAGUUUUAGGACGACUGCGUAUGUGUCCGAAAGAUUAGGCGGUCCUGGGCCCUCCUGCAGGCUCAUGCUGCCCAGCACAGGUCAGGAGCCCGCUGCACCCUGGGCUAGCCUCCAGCAGAGUCCUGGAAGCUGCCCUGAGAGGACAAUCCUGCUCUUGCCCUGUCGGCUGUGGCCUUCUGUCCCUCCUGCCUCUGUUCUGUAUUUAGCUGCUCGAGACAUUAAUCUCGCUGGGCCCUUGCUGUUUUCCGUUCACUGUCGUCUGCCUGUCUUGGUCUACAAGCUGAUGACCAGGUGAGCAGUCCACAGUCCGAUGUGCCAGCAGUUCUGCUGCAGCAGCAGAGGUCCCGAGGGCCUCUCUCCACCAGCAAGCUUCACACAGUGAUGGGGACAGUCACCUUCACUGUGUCAUGGGCGAACUGAGCAAGCCAUUCUCAUUUCCCAAAAAAAAAAUCCAUGGGUGGCACUUCUGUGUGCCCAUCUCUUUGAACCUUGGUGUGUCUUAAUGCAGGUAGCUUUUUGUAGAAAAUAGUGUCCCAUACACAGUUUGAUAAGGAUCUCUUUCCUCACUGCAACUACGUCGAAUAGCACUAAAGAAUAGUUAAAAUCACCUUAAUUAAAAAUAAUAAUAAUUCUUGGAUGCCAUCACCAAAAUAUUCCCACCCCCAGAUAUUCUUGUAAAAGAUCAGACCCUUAUGAGAUGGUAGUUUUAAAUUUACAUCUAUUAAAGACCCGAGAGUCUUUCCCCAUGGAAACACAAAUUGCCCUCGGGCUGGAGUGGGUGCUCUGGUGCCCACCUCACCUUCCCUCCAGCUCCACCAGCACCUGGGCCGUCAUACGUCCUUGGGAAUAUUCUCGUAAGCCUUGGACUUCUGCCUGCCUGUCAGGCUAUCUGAGAGGUGGUCAUUUUGGGUCAUGGGCCUGGCACGUUUACCCCAAGAAGGGAGAAGGUCAUCCAUAGGCCAGCCCCUCUUCAAGGCCCAGUAUGCAGGACACCGGUGUGUUGGGGCCUGCCGAAGGUCCUCCACACACUGCCACAGGUGGGCUGCCCGCAGCAGGCCACCUACUCCAGCUGCACUUCAUCUUGGGCUGUGGGAGGGUUUCUGUCUGAGGCGGCGACUGUAAGUUCUCAGAGAAGCUCUAGGUGCCCCAGGCUGUGCAUUUCUUUAAAAUCAAGACACAUGAGUAGUGAACAGAACGUUCUUGGUGGCACGGACAGCUAGAUGCUUUUCCUAAAAGAUACUAGACAAUACUUCCAGUUGCCAGGUUGCUUUGAAUUUAAAAAAAAAAAAAUUCUCCCCGGGAACGUAGGUAGCCAGCAACAGUGGCAAGCAGCGUGUUCCGUCCUCACGCUCCUGAUGAUGCUGUGGGCGGCAUCCGUGACUGUGGCCCUCGUGACGGGCAGGUCGCCCGGCAGUGGCUCUGCCAAUUCUUACACUAAGGAUGUGUUCCUUGACAAAUGCUUCAGUCUUAUUUUUCUGACUUCUUGGGCAUUGGAUAGUAAUUUUUAAAGUAUUAUGAAACAUUCCUAAGUAUGUGAUGGCAGCUGUCAUAAUAGGCUUUAAUGAACUUUGUAUUAACCUGAUAGUAUGUAUGUAAAAUCACAGUUUCUUUCAUUGAGGUUGCUGCGUUAAAGUAGAGCAACCUGUUUUUAAAUACAGUGUAUUUGAUUCUCACAUCAGGUGACCUUAGGCUGGUCUUGGUUGAGCUUUUCUCUGAACUGAGGCUAAGGGAGCCGCACAACUGUGAGCUUGAGGAGACUGCCGUGUUCAGAGUGCCUUACUUUUAACCAGUUUCCAAUAAAAUGGUUCUGUGCCUGCUUUUGUUUACUAAA